CGCUAGCCUGUAGAGUCACGUGUCAGGCGUCAUGUGAUAUAAGUAUUAUCAGAGACUGUUUGCUUUGUGCGUUCUGGGUGUUGCAGGCUGUCACUACCACAUCAAACGGUACAUGUAUGUGGCCCUUCAGACGAGGAGUAUGCAGAAAAGUGCCCAGUGCUGAUAACGAUUAAACUCUUUCUACCUGCUCUCGGGAUUCCUGCUAAUCAUGGCUCUGCAGAUGGGGUUCUUGUGUUUGGCCCUGCUGGGUCUGAGCUCGGCGCUGGUCUGUCCCAAUGGACACACAUGUCAGAACAAAAACACCUGCUGCAAGAAUACUGAGGGGGGAUACGGAUGCUGCCCGCUACCACGUGCAGAGUGCUGUUCAGACCACCUCCACUGCUGUUACGAGGGCACGCUGUGUGAUUUGGUCCAUGAGAAAUGCGUCAAUAAAACAGUUUCCCUGCCGUGGAUGACACGACUCCCGACCCAGCCUCAGCUCGAGGAGACGGUGAAGGCAGUCGUUUGUCCGGACCAGGUGUCUGAGUGUCCGGAUGACACGACUUGCUGCCAGCUUCCUGACAGCUCCUGGGGCUGCUGCCCCUUAGCCAAGGCGGUGUGUUGUGACGAUAGGCGCCACUGCUGCCCUGAGGCAACAAAGUGUGAUAUCGCUCACUUGCGGUGCGUCUCUGCCUCGCUGGAGUCUUUCCCUCUGCUGGCCAAACUACCUGCUAGAAGGAGAGGGAAUAACCCAGGUCUUACUACUUUUGUAGCUUCCAUUGGCAGUUCAAUAUCGUGCCCUGAUGGGAAACUCAGCUGCCCGAACGCUUUCACAUGCUGUCUGCUACCCAGCGGAGAGUACGGCUGCUGCCCAUACCCAAAGGCCACAUGCUGUGAGGAUCACCUUCACUGUUGCCCUGCCAACAUGGAGUGUGACCUGAAGCAUUCACGGUGUAGGCGUGGCGAGACAGUCAUGCCCCUGAUGAAGAAGAUCCCUGCUGUAGCCAGUGACAUCAGUUGUCCAGACAAGAAGUCAUUUUGUCCUGAUCACACCACAUGCUGCAAGAUGAUCAACGACACCUACGGCUGCUGCCCGAUGCCCAGUGCCAUCUGUUGUUCAGAUCGCAUCCACUGCUGCCCUGCAGGCUCAGAGUGCGACUUGUACCACAGGACCUGUGUGUCUACCCAGAGAAACCCCACCAUGACACUGGCAGAAGCUGCAACCGAGCUCCUUAAAGUCCAGAGAAAAGACCUUUCAGUCCAUUCCAUCCCCUGCAACGACUCUGUGGCCUGUGCUGACGGAAGCACCUGCUGUAAAACACUGAAAGGAGACUGGGCCUGCUGUCCGUUACCACAGGCUGUGUGCUGUGAGGACCACCUGCACUGCUGCCCCCACAGCACCAUUUGUAACCUGAAAAGCUCCACGUGCGACGACUCCACAGGUAACGCCGUGACUCCCAUGCUUGGACACGUGCCGGUAUUUCCUUUACUGGAAGACGGUAACAACAGGUGCGACAAAUCAACGACAUGUCCUGGGAAAUCCACCUGCUGCAAGACUGCGAGUGGCGGUUGGGCCUGCUGUCCGCUGCGUCAGGCUGUUUGCUGUGAUGAUCACAUCCAUUGCUGCCCUCACAGCAAAGUCUGCAACCUGGCAGCCGAAACUUGCGAUGACCCUCGGGGCUUCUCUCCGCCCGUCUCCUGGCUGACAAAGGUAGCAGCUCUGACCUUGGAGGUGGAGGAUGAGAAAUGCGAUGAGAAGACCAGAUGUCCGUGGGGCUCCACCUGCUGUAAAAUGAACUCCGGACAGUGGGCCUGCUGCCCCUUACCACAGGCUGUGUGCUGCAACGAUCACGAGCACUGCUGCCCCAAAGGCUACAAGUGCAAUGUGGCAGAGGGCACCUGUGACAAACCCGGUGGCCUCAGUGUGGCCUGGCUGAAGAAGAUCCCAGCCCUGCAGGAGGAGCUCGGCCAGACUGUUUCCCAUCCAACUCAGAACAUGUGCGACACCCAGACCAGCUGUCCUAGAGACACGACCUGCUGCUUCAUGGAAAAGGAACACAAAUGGGGCUGCUGCCCUCUGCCAAACGCUGUCUGCUGCAAAGAUGGAAACCAUUGCUGCCCCAGCGGACACACCUGUGAGCCCCACCACUUCUCCUGCUCCAGAGGUUCCCAUGUUAUACCGUGGUUCGCCAAAGUGAGCGCUGUAACAGAGCCGGGCGCCGUGAUCGACGUUAAAUGUGACAACAAGAGCAGCUGCGCUUCAGGGACGACCUGCUGUAAGCUGAAGACCGGAAAGUGGGGCUGCUGCCCGCUGUUCAAGGCUGUUUGCUGCACUGACCACGAGCACUGCUGCCCUCAGGGCUACACCUGCAACAUGCAGACAGGAACAUGCGAGAAGAAACAACACUACCACCACCUCAGCACCAUCCCUCAGAUCGAAGUGCAACAGUCUGUGAAGGAAGCAGAGGAGGAUGUGGCGUGUGAUGGCAGGGGCGAGUUUCGCUGCUCCAAACGAGACACCUGCUGUAAGAUCUCCGCCACGGAGUGGAGCUGCUGCCCCUCCCCCAGGGCCGUCUGCUGCUUUGACUCGAAGCACUGCUGUCCUGCCGGGUACUCGUGCGACCUCAAGGCCGGAGGCUGCACCUUGCAGACCCAGCUGACCUGGGACUCGUGGUUUUGGGACCGAAAGAGAGACACUGUCCCCCACGGACUCUAAUCCACUGAAGUGCAAUGAUGAUCUCAAUCUUUCCGUUAUGUCAUCUACUGGUGUUGUCUGUGGACAAGAAGGGCUUCUUCCCGUUUCAUUUCGUGGAGGUGCAUUCACUGAGUUUUUUGCACUCUUGCGUAUUUUUGAGUUUUGUGUGGUUGGGGGGGAUUUGGUCCACAUAUGCAGGAAAAACAUUUGUUUAAUUGCUUUUUGCCAUUGAAGGAAUUUUAGUGAAGUUGAAGUAGUUUUCAAGGGGGAAGCAGGUGAAACCUAGCCUGCAUUCUGGUUGAAAAUAUUUAUUGCACUCCUUCAGAACCACUCCACAUCUAGGUUCCAGGACAGCUUUACAGUGCGUCCGUUUCAACCUGCGGUGUUAUCUGUUAAUGUCAGAUCUGAAGUGUUCUUAUAGGUAACAAACCCCAUUUCAAAAUAAACUUCAGUGAAUUCGUCUCUUUUGAAAGUCGAUUGUUUCUGCUUUUUUUUUUUUU